GCAUUUCCAGCUCUCUCCUCUCAUCUCGAUGUUUCACGCAAGCGCCCACGGCACAGCGACACAGCUAAGACAGAGAGACACACACACACAGAGCGAGAGGGAGCGGGAGAGAGACACGAUCGGUACCGGAGCGACGAUAACGCAGAAGCGGCAGCAGCAGCAGCAGCGGCGGCGGCGGAGGCAGCGGCGUGUCUGUCUUUGUUGGAAACCCAGGCGGGCUGCACUGCACGGAUUUAUUUAUUCUACGGAUUUGUAUCGUCUGGGCUAGGACAACUUGGCUCGGGACAAAAAACCCCCAAAAACACGUCUUCUCCUUUUUAAACGCCAUCCACUAAUCUGUUUCCCGUGUUGUUGACGCCAGAGGAGAAACCGGAGGAUACCGUUGGAGCGCGGACUGACAGGAGAGAUUGAUCAGACAGGAGGACAUGAAUAUUUGCGUCCUCCAGCUGAGCUGCACGAGAGAAAAGCAAAUAAUAAACGACGUGCGCUUUAAUUAAUUAUUAUUUUUCUUAUUUUUUUUAAUGUGAUUUUCGGAGCUUAUAAUGCAGCAGCGUGGCUCUGCGGUCUGUUAUAAACGGAGACAAGGAGGAGAAAAGAAGAAGCUGCUGCACGCUUGAGGUUUCUGCACCGCAGCCAGCGCGUGUGUUAUUGGCGGUUUGCGCGGCGUGGAAUAACAUGCACCGAGACACAACUUUGUUCACGGGCGUGACAGACCGCGAGGCGUGCGAUUAUCUCUCGUAAAAGUGCGUGUAUCCUUCAGGACGGCGCACACGCUGCACAGCAGUAGUCCCGCUGUCGCUGUUAUCGUUGUAGCUCAGUGCUUCAGUGAAAUGUCAGCACCGUUUCUACUGUAUGUAGUGUUAUAGUGUUUUCUGGUCACAUCCAGUUGUGUGAGUGUGUCCGUGCGCGCGUAUGAUUUGCUCAUCGUGAUUGUGUGAUGUAGAUAAAAUCAGCUCGUGUCAGACAGCCCCCCCCCACUUGAUCAAAAUCAAACUUUGCAGAGAUGAUGCUCACAUAUUGUAUUUUGAUCUGAUCUAAGUUUAGAGUUACAUCUGCAUCAUUCCAAAGAGAUACUCAUCCCGAAAUGACUUUUUAUGUUUUUAUUUUUUUGGGUGCCAUCUUCAUUUACCAGUAACAGUACCAGUAACAAGUAUACUGGUAUUUACACAUAGUAGCAAAUUCCACAAGUGUUCCCUUUACUAUGACACCCAAAGUAUUCAAAUAGACCUUGUGGUUGCAGAGAGAUACUCGUUUCAUUAUGAGCAUUUCAAUUUUCGAGCAGAGACCUACAAAAUAGGCUUAGGCCUUAAAGGGAUAACCUUGGCUUAUGCAGAUCCAGCAGAUAGAGAGAUAAAGCCAACUGUGCUGUGCACGCUGCUCUGCAAGUGUCACGGGGGUGUGUUUAAAACAUCUCGCGUAUCUGUUUUUUUUGUUUUCCUGUACAAAUGCCUGGAGGCAGCGGAUAGUCUCUGACUCUUGUCAAGACAACGGAGAAAACACUGCAAGGCAAGUGUGUCAAGAAAAGUUUCAAUGGUUUUCCGAAAGUUGCCCGGCGUGUCGGCAUCGGGCAUGGGUCUGCGCCUGUCCCAGAAAUUCGUCUUUCUGCUCUUUCUCUCGGGUUUGGUAACACUGUGUUUCGGGGCCCUUUUCUUUUUGCCCGACUCUGUCCGUCUAAAGCGCAUCUUUCUGUCCAAGACAGAGACCCAGCCAGCCACUGUGGGCUCUGGGUCCGAGAACGAUGCCCAUGAACACCUUAAGAGACCCCGGGAGCAGCAGGAGCACCCGCGGGGCAUGACCUCAACGAAGGGAGAGACGAGCACGAAGCUGAAAAGUCAGAGCCGCAAACCGCAAAUCUCUCACCAUGAGGCGACAGAGAGAGAGAGACUGGUCGGCGGCAGAGCUCAGGAGGAUUUGACGCUGUCCAGGUCUAAUACAGAGUCCACCUCAGAGAAAGAGACGUCCUCUGAUCAUGUUGCUAACACGGAUACUUUCAGUUACAAGGUGUUUCAAAGAUGUUUGCUCAAACAGCCGCUGGGGAGGGAGCACGGCAAACCCAGCGACCCCAGGACCAACGAGCGCCGGGAGAAAGUCAAAGAGAUGAUGAAGUUUGCCUGGGACAACUACAAGCAGUAUGCCUGGGGCAAGAAUGAGCUCCGGCCUUUGACGAAAAACGGGCAUAUUGGCAACAUGUUCGGUGGCUUGAGAGGAGCAUCCGUCAUUGAUUCACUGGACACACUGUAUAUAAUGGGACUGAUGGAAGAAUAUAAUGAUGCCAAGGAGUGGGUGCAGAACAGCCUGGACCUUAACUCUAACGGCGAGGCUUCGCUCUUUGAGGUGAACAUCCGUUACGUUGGUGGGUUGCUGUCGGCAUACUACCUGACAGGAGAAGAGGUGUUUAAGAGUAAAGCAAUGGAGCUGGGAGAGAAGCUGCUGCCUGCCUUCAACACACCGACAGGGAUUCCCAGAGGAGUCAUCAACCUGGGGAGUAGUGGAACCAGUUGGAGUUGGGGCUGGGCCUCAGCCGGGAGCAGCAUCCUGGCUGAGUUUGGGACCCUUCACCUCGAAUUUGUCCAUCUGACUGAGCUCUCCAACAAUCCCAUCUACAGAGAAAAGGUGAUAAACAUCAGGAAACUACUCAACAAGAUUGAAAAACCCCACGGCCUGUAUCCCAACUUCCUGAGUCCAGUCAGUGGCAACUGGGUCCAACAUCAUGUUUCCAUCGGUGGCCUUGGGGACAGUUUCUACGAGUAUCUCAUCAAAUCAUAUCUUAUGUCUGACAAGACAGAUGACGAUGCAAAGACCAUGUACUACAGUGCACUGGAGGCAAUUGAAGCUAAUCUGGUACAGAAGUCGCCUGGCGGUCUGACCUACAUGGCUGAGUGGAGAGGUGGGAUCCUGGAUCAUAAGAUGGGUCACCUGGCCUGCUUCUCUGGGGGAAUGAUCGGCAUUGGGGCUGAUGAUGGCGCUCCAGAGAAGAGACAACACUACCUGGACCUGGCUGCUGAGAUUACACACACAUGCCAUGAAAGCUACACACGCUCAGCCACCAAACUGGGACCUGAAGCGUUCAGAUUUGACAGCGGCGCUGAGGCCACGGCGACGAGGCUGAGUGACAGAUAUUACAUCCUACGACCAGAAGUGAUCGAGAGCUACAUGUACAUGUGGAGACUGACGCACGACCCCAAGUACAGAGAGUGGGGCUGGGAGGCUGUUGAGGCCCUUGAGGAGCACUGCAGAGUGGAGUCUGGCUUCUCUGGGAUCAGAGAUGUUUACACCGUGACAGUCAGUCACGACAACAUGCAACAGAGCUUCUUCCUCUCAGAGACACUCAAGUAUUUGUACCUGCUGUUCUCUGACGAUGACCUCCUUCCACUGGAGGACUGGGUCUUCAACACAGAAGCUCACCCGCUGCCCGUUGUUCGUAAGAGUUGCCUGCAGGAUGAAGAGACACAGGAUAAGACGGCCUCGAUAUAAGACUGAACCCAACAACUGACACACACACACACACACACACACACACAGUCAUAAGUACAAACACAGAUUCUCAGCAGGUUCAGAAUUUCAAGAGCGUCUUAAAGACCUUAAAUUCCUUCCCUGGAAAGGAUGUUGUCGUUUUACGCUGUGAUUGUAUAUGGUUGGGCCGGGGUUACUUUCUGCUGGCACUUCUUUUUUGUGGACAAUCAAAAACAAACAUGACUUUCAUGAAAAGAGCACCUUUUUCAUUCCUUCUUUCCUCUGUGAGGAAACAGUAUAACUUGCAGACCCAAAUGUACGGGAAGAGGGUUGAACUAUAUUGUUGGAAAGAGGGAGAAACGUUUAGAAAACCACUUGAGUUUUGCUCUUUGAUUUUGUCGUUUUUAUGAAUCUUAACUGAUGAAUGAUUUUUUUUUGUUUUCCUUGUGAGUAGCUUCGCUCUUUGACCAAAGGUUUCUUUGCAUUUCUAUUCCAUCGUUUCCAGUUAACGUGUUUUUGGUGAGAUUUGACAGAAAGGAACAUUUACUACAUGAACUGUAAUUGAUUAAUGUACAGACAAACAUGAUUAUCCACCUCUGAACUAAUGUUGAUGUCAUGUUUCUUGCUGAAACAAGCUUGAAUGAAGUGAGGAGGUGUCAGGACUGUGGCAGCGUCUUAUGCAGCCAGGGACCAUGUUUUUUUGGUUUUUUUGGUUGUUCGUUUCUGUCGGAACAGGACAAUGCUUUCUCAGUCCUGUCUGAGUAACAAAUGGAGGCCUGUCACUUCUCUAACUGUGAUACAAAGGAAAAAGAAAGAAUUUGCCAGGUAGCUCCAAGUGUUUUUCUUUCCUGUUUCUGUUGUUUCCUCUGCUUCACCCUGCCUUUACAUGUGGAAUCCAUACAGAUGCCAAUACAGAUGUUAGGGCUGUUCGACUGCAGAGAUGACUGUUCACUGUCAUUAACGCUGUCCUGUACAGCUAUAGAGUGACUGUGCUGUACAUACAUAUGAAGUGAGUGAUCCUGUGUGAGUUGUCAUGACAAUAUUUUGUGAUUUAUUUUUCUUCUUCUAAACUCCAGUGGUUCUUUUUUUCUGGGUUCUCUUUUGAUUUGCUUCCCUCAGGUGUUUCAGUAAAAAAGAUUUUAAAAACAUUUAAAAAGUUCUGAUUUUAAGUCUAGCUAUUAUUGCUGAUAUUAAUUAUUGUUACUUAUUCUUACUGUUUGAUUUAACUUUAAUUGUUGAAUAUUUUCAAAUACUGAUAAAAUAACUGUGCAAAUUUGUACAUUUAAACAA